AUGGGUACAUGCCUGACUGAAAUGACAUUCAAGGAAGAAAUCUCUAAGCAUUUCAAGUCCCACACUGAUCAGCUUAUUUUGAUAUUUGCUGGAAAAAUUUUAAAAGAUCAAGAUACUUUGAUUCAGCAUGAGAUUCAUGAUGGACUCACUGUUCACCUGGUCAUCAAAACUCAAAACAGAUCACAAGACCAUCCAGGUCAACAGACACACACCGCUGGCGGUAUUGCUACCACAUCAGUAUCCAGCAGUAAUACCUCAACAUCAGCUUCAAUAAAUAAUAGCAACUCUUUUGGCUUCGGUGGCCUUGGAGGUUUGGCAGGCCUCAGUAGCCUGGGCUUAAAUGCAUCAAACUUUUCAGAGUUACAGAGUCAGAUGCAACGACAACUUAUGUCCAACCCAGAAAUGAUGGUUCAGAUAAUGGAAAAUCCAUUUGUUCAGAGCAUGCUUUCAAAUCCUGACCUGAUGAGGCAGUUAAUUAUGGCUAACCCUCAAAUGCAGCAACUGAUACAGAGAAAUCCAGAAAUCAGUCACAUGCUGAAUAAUCCAGAUAUAAUGAGACAGACGCUAGAACUUGCUAGAAACCCUGCAAUGAUGCAGGAAAUGAUGCGAAACCAAGACCGAGCCUUGAGUAACCUUGAAAGUAUACCAGGUGGCUACAAUGCCUUGCGACGCCUGUACACAGAUAUUCAGGAGCCAAUGUUAAAUGCAGCACAGGAACAGCUUGGAGGCAACCCAUUUGCUUCCUUAGUAAACAAUGCAUCAUCAGGAGGGGACAGUCAGCCAUCUCGUACAGAAAAUAGAGAUCCUUUACCAAAUCCCUGGGCUCCUCAGUCCAGCUCUCAGAGUUCCGCAAGUACCAGCACCAGUGGUGAGAGCAGUGGCAGUAGUAAUGUCGGAAAUAGCACCUCUGCUAGUACGGGACAGAGCUCAGAUUUGGGACCUGGACUAGGAGUUGGUAUGUUCAACUCACCAGGAAUGCAGAGCUUGUUACAGCAGAUAACAGAAAAUCCACAACUUAUGCAAAAUAUGUUGUCUGCACCCUAUAUGAGAAGCAUGAUGCAGUCAUUGAGCCAGAAUCCUGAUCUUGCAGUACAGAUGAUGUUGAAUAAUCCUUUAUUUGCUGGAAAUCCUCAACUUCAAGAGCAAAUGAGACAACAGCUUCCUAUUUUCCUUCAACAAGUAAGAUGA